AUGCCUGCUGCCGCCAUCAUCGGCUCCACCGGCCUCGUCGGCUCCAACAUCCUCUCCACUGUCCUCGCCGGCGAGACCUACACGCCCGUGAGCACCAUCACGCGCCGCGCCCCCAAGGCCACCUCCUCCGCCCUCAACGCCGUCAUCGACGCCGACACCAACAAGUGGGCCUCCCUCCUCUCCAACCUCUCCCCCUCCCCCGCCACCGUCUUCUCCGCGCUCGGCACCACGCGCGCCGCCGCCGGCGGCCUCGCCAACCAGUGGAAGAUAGACCACGACCUCAACAUCGAGCUCGCGCGCGCCGCCAAGGCCGCCGGCGCCACCACCUUUGUCUUCAUCUCUAGCGGCGGCACGCGCGGCCUGCUGUCGCGCUCCGUGCCCUACAGCAAGAUGAAGAACGGCGUCGAGGACGCGAUCCGCGAGCUCGGCUUCGAGCACGGCAUCGUGCUCAAGCCGGGCGUCAUCCUAGGCGAGCGCGAGGAGGCGCGCGCGGCGGAGAGCUGGUUUCAGAGCUUGACGCAUGGGUUGGGAAGGGUGAGCGGCGCGGCCAAGGACUUUUUGGGGCAGGACGCGGAGGUGAUUGCGAGGGCGGCGGUGCGCGCGGCGCAGAUCGCGGAGGAGGGCAAGGCGCCGGCAAAGUACUGGGUCGUGGAGGCGAGUGAUAUCAUCCGCCUGGGCAGGACGGAGUGGAAGGAGGCGGAGAAGCCGGUGGAGGAAGGGGCUGGUAAGACGGCUUGA